CUGAGAUUCAGUUACUAGUUGAAUAUCAAAUCUCUGAGUAUUAUCAAGGGAUGAAGCCCGAAGAUGAGAGGUUUGAGAACAGAGAGAGAGAAUAUCGAUUCAUUACACAGUGAGGACAGAGAGAGUGAGUCCUCUGAGACCAGCUCUGAAGUUGGCAUAGUCAUUGCUGACAGCGAAUACAAGAAAAGUGAGAUGGAGGAUGAGCAGAUGCGAAGCUUUGGGAGCAAAUUGGAUGAAGAGCAGCCAGGUCUUGAGAUGGGCAGCCACUCCAGUCUCCCGGAAGAAGGGGUUGGCGUGGCUCAAGCAAUUCCAGGCUUGCUUUCUCAUCGGGAGUGGAAAAUUAAAGAGACAGCCACGCCAUCAUACAUCUCCUCCUCAAUGCCUUCUGGGAUCGGCUCUAGGUUCAUCUGUCUGAUCACCUACGGAUAGCAAAAAGGAAAACAACGCUAUCCGCUCAGCAUUGACGCUGAGUGGUACUCCAUUGUAGCACAAGAAUAAACAUAAUAAUUCAACAAUUAAGAUCGUGCAUAUGUUUAUCCUUUUAAUAAAAAUCAAUUCAACUUUACAUUCGGUUCUUUAGACGGUUGACCAACAGUCAACUUAUUUUCUUUCUUUUCAAAACGAUUUAGGUGUUACGGGUUUCCAUUUAACUCUUUGACCACCGGUCAAACCAAUUUAGACUUUCACCGAAGUCAAACCAAUUUAACAUUUAUUCCCUAUGACGGAGAUAGCCUCAAUCCGUAAUACCGAAGAUGGCCUCAAUUCGGUGGAGGUAGGAUCCCUCGGGCGAUGGCCUCAAACCCAAGAUCGCAGACCCUCGUGCGCACGUCUUA